AUGAUUCUACAGAAUGUGGUAGCAGCAAUGUUUCUCAUGGUAGUCAUUACAUUCCCUUCCUCUGAAUCCUCUUUUGUCGCCAAAGAUGCAUACCCAUCUUCAUUUACCGCCACCAUGACAUCCUGCGACCUCGACGAGGGUGGUAGACUCACCCUUAUCCUCAGAGAAGUCUACGAUGAGGAUCGUAUCAUUGACAUAAGGCACGUGUACAACCACUAUGUUGAUGCGGGUUUCGAUGUUGACACGCUCGACCUUCAUGUUCUUAACGUCACACGUCAUGUGAUUUAUCCAAACUAUUCUUGGAUUUUGCCGACUUCUAGUGGGGACAAAUUUGAUGUGCUCAUAAAUGACGGAAGCGUGAAAGUGAAAGAUGGUGACGAGUUGAUUCCUCCAAGAGUGGACGUUUAUGAAAGUGGGAAAAUUUACGAUAUUACCCAUAGGGUUAGCUCAAGAACACUUUCAGGGAUUUAUGUUGAAGGAAUUGGGGAGUACCUUACACUCUAUCUCAGCAUGAGAAAUGGAUCAGAUUAUAACUUCUCGAUCAUAAAGUUACCUGCUCAUUCUGGUACUCAUGUGGAUGCACCUGGACAUUUUUAUGAAAAUUAUUUUGAAGAAGGGUUUGAUGUCGAUAGUCUUGACUUAGAAGUACUCAAUGGUCCAGCAUUAUUAGUUGAUGUUCCAAGGGACAAGAACAUAACAGCUGAAGUUAUGAAGUCCUUGAACAUUCCCAAAGGAGUAAAACGUGUGCUUUUCAGAACAUUAAACACCGAUAGGCAGUUAAUGACACAAAAGAGAUUCGACACAAGUUACGUGGGAUUCAUGGAGGAUGGAGCCCAGUGGUUGAAAGACAACACUGACGUCAAACUUGUUGGUAUUGAUUACUUGUCGGUUGCUGCAUAUGAUGAUCUCGUUUCCGCACAUCGUGUUUUCUUAAAGAGCAGGGAAAUCAUUCUUGUUGAAGAUGCAUCCUCAUCAAGUGAAAAUGAUCAGGUUUAG